AUGACUUCUUUAAUAGAGCAAUUUCGACCAAAUCAAAUGCAAAUAGAUCAAAUAUCCGCAGUUCAAAGAGUAAUGGACGUGGAUUCAAUUCCAAAAAAAAGAUCCAACGAAAAACCACAUCUUUAUCCACCGGUAGUAACACAACUUCGCACUAAACAAGGCGCCGAUAAACUUCCAACAUCACUACUACGUGGAUCGAUAAAAAAACGAAAAAAAACCACAAAAGGGAAAAAACGGCAGAAUCAAUUGUUGGCAAAAGCGUUAACUCGUUCGGAUAAAGAAGGAAAAAAGUUGGUUAGCAAAAAUGAAAAGAUGGUUAAAUUGAAACAGCGUAAAUCACUUUGGCAAUAA